AUGAGUCCGGCCACUGCGCCCACGCGAAGAUGGUACCAUUGGUAUUCUCCGGAUGAUACGCCAGAAGAGAGAAAGUUAGUGCUAAAGCUAGAUCUGCUGAUCGUCCCAUAUGCAUUCAUUGUCUAUUGGCUCAAGUACAUUGACCAGGGAAAUAUCAACAAUGCAUAUCUAUCAGGGAUGGCUGAAGAGCUCAACUUCACUGGUAACGAAUUAGUCCAUUUCCAGACUAUUUUCACAGUUGGCAAUGUCGUUGCGCUUCUGCCUUUCAUGUACCUCUUUCCGCGGGUGCCGAUGCACUGGCUCGUCCCAACUCUCGAUCUCAUGUGGGGAAUCUUUACUCUGCUGCAGUAUAGAGCCACAAGCUAUGCAGAAAUCAUGGCUUACAGGUUUUUAGUCUCAGUCUUCGAGGCAUCCUACUUCCCCGGUGUGCACUUCGUUCUCGGAUCCUGGUAUAAAAGCAACGAGAUAGGAAGACGAGGAGGAGCUUUCUACGUCGGCCUCACCCUAGGCUACCUGACCGCUAGUCUUCUGCAGGGUGCCACACUCGAGUACCUAGAUGGGGUUAACGGACUACCAGGGUGGCGGUGGCUUUUCAUCAUCAAUGCUAUCAUGACCCUACCAAUGGCGCUUGUUGGCUACUUCAUCUAUCCUGGGACAGUCGAUAAGCCCAACCGCCUUGUUAUUUCAGAACACGAUCUAGAGAUAGCUCGCAGGCGACUACAAAGACAGGGAACCCAAGUCAAAAGCGCCUCUUUCUCAUGGGCACUCGGCAAAAAGCUCUUUUUGUCGAAGCGGUUCUGGCUGGUUCUCAUGUGGGAUGGAUUCUUUUUCAACUCUAGCGCCAACACGGCAUCCUUUCUCUUGUGGUUGAAGAGCCUCCACCGCUAUAGCUCUGAGGAAAUGAACCAACUCAACUCAAUCAGCCCGGCACUUGGAAUAUUUUUCAUUCUCUUCGUCAAUAUCAGCACGGACUUGUGGCUUGAUCGCGCCUGGGCUAUUACCCUGGCUUCAAGCUUCAAUUUUACGGGACUGGUCAUUCUGGCUAUCUGGAAUGUGCCCGAAGGAGCCAAAUGGUUUGCUUACAGUGUGCAAUACUCGUCCGUCGCGGUAUCGUCUGUACUAUAUGGGUGGAUGAAUGUCCUUUACCGUGACAACCUCGAGGAGCGCGCAAUCGUGCUAGUUCUGGCCACUGCAAUUUCCACAAUGUGGACAUGUUGGAUCCCACUCUUCACGUACCCGACUGUGGAAGGACCUCGUUUUAGCAAAGGAUACCCUUUUUCUGCAGUCAUGGCUGCUUGCUUGGUCGCUAUGACGUUCGUUAUGCGUUAUACUUACGGCCCGAACGGGUAA